CCAGUUGUUAUUUCUUCCAUUCAUGUUUCAUCGUUCACGUAUUUAUGCGAUAGAGAACCUUGCUCGAGCAUUGAAUGACAGGAACGAGCCGUGUCUCUCUAAUAAGCUGACAUGUAGUACGGGAUCACCACCAGGACUGCAUCGUGAGGACAAUACAUUCCCUACCCUCCCUACCACAUCCAACAGUGACUACGCCCUCAAGCAGCAGUACUCGGCAGCUUGGCGAGAUGACAAAAGAGACGCGAACUGUGUCGUAUCGGGCAUUAGUCAGAACAUGUUAGAAGGAGUGAGCCCGAGUAUUCAACAGCUCAUCAGGAAGGCUGCGGAUAAGUAUCCCCUCGACAUGAAAUUUUGGCGGAAGUAUAAGUCGGUGCCCGCGAUGGCUAACGUCCGAGACAAAACGUCGAUUCUCGAAAUACUGGAAAACUUUGCAAAAAUCCAUCGGAAACACAUAUACCUGUUCCAGCGACUGAAGCAUACGAUAGUGAUGGAUAUGGAUAGCUGGACCGCUCCUGAACUAGCAAAGGUGUGUACAUCAUGGGCUCAACUCGGAUUCUUGACUGAUCGAUUCACUGAAGAGAUGUCAGAUCGUGUUGUGAAAACGAUAAAUUUGUGUGACGCGGAAGCCCUAGCGAGGCUACUCGAUGCAUAUGCCUCGACAAGGACGAGGCAUUUGGAGGCACCAUUGAAGGCAUUGGCUGAAACGAGUCUGAUGAAGAUCGACGAUUUCACGCCUCAGCAGCUGUGUCUGCACUGUUCUAGUUUUGCACGGUUGAACUUGGUGUACGAGCCAAUUUUCGAAGCGAUUGCAGAUAGGCUUAGUAGAGCGGGGGAAGAUGCAUUGAAGGCUCUGACACUGGCCCCAGAGGAUAGCGAUCCGUUAGCAGUGUUGUCGAUGGCUAAUCCAUCCUCUGUGUACAGCGCUCGUGAUGUAGCUCUUGCUGCGUAUUCCUUUGGGAAGUUGGAAGGCAUUGAUUCAACACAACAGCACAUCGUCCUCCCAGCGCCGCCGCCGCCGCCGCCGUCGGCUGCUGCUGCUGCUGGAAGGCAUCAUGGCGACACUUCCGCGAGAGCGUUCGAUGCAUUAUCGGUCCUAGCUACGUUGGUACUUCGAGACUGCACGGCACGAGAAUUGCAAAUGUUGGCGACGGGCUUCGAUAGGCAUCGACAUCAUACCCCGUUGGAGGAAAGGAAACCUUUUGAUUCUCAUUUGUUGAGGGCGAUGGGGGCACAGGCGAAGAGAAGGAUUGCUCAGUUCUCGGCGGAAAGUUUGGUUCUAUUCUUGCGAUCGUUCUCUAAUCUAUGUGCCACCUCUCCGGAUAGAGAUGAGCUCAUGGACUUGCUCCUGUCGAGGGUAUCAUCCCAUCUACCUCGAGCAGUGUCGACUUUCAAGAGCAUCGAUUUGGUUACUACUUUACAAGUGUAUGCCAAACGAGGGGCUAAGCACUCGGAUGUCGCUGAUCUGUUGGCCAACUCGGUCUUGGAGAAAAGAGCCGAACUAACUCCUUCCGAUUGGGUGUCGGUCAUUGAUAGUAUAGCUGCUAUGCGAGGCCCUUUACGGCUAGUUAUGAGGGCAGCGAGAGAGAGUAGUGGAGGAUCAUUGAUAGGUAAACUGAAGACCCAACAAUUGGCUUCAAUUGUCACUGCUUGUUGCGAAAAUGAAUAUUAUCAAGCUGACGAUUUAUUGCCACUCAUUAUCGAGCUCAAGUCAAGGACCCUCCAUAUACCUCAUGCUCUUGAUGCUGAUACUGCGGCACAGGUCUUCAUCGUCCUUUGCAAUAUGGAAGUUCCACAGCUAUUGACUGUGAAUGGUGGAAAGCUCGAGGGCUCCUCGAAAUUACUUUCAUUGGAGAACUCCCUAGGCUUACUCGACUGGCUGAUGCCUCGACUCACUUCUCCAGGAGGGGGUAGACCCUCUCCUAUGGUGGCAGGAAAGGUAUUGGAGUGCCUUGCUGAGAUGGAUGACGCUGAGUUUCGACAGGCUGCCGGAGGAAGCAACGAGGUGACUUGUCUGGCUGGCGAGAUGCUCACUGCCGUACGGGAGGAGUCUGCUGACACAGCAGAAGGCGGAGCGAAGCGAUCCACCAAUACUGAUUAUUUCACUACAGGAAGCGUGGGCUCGUCCUUUGCUGAGGAUCCUGCUGUGGACUCGGAUCCUGAGGAGCAUGAUGGAGAAGGAGAAGUACGACGACAGAGAGCCGAGGAGUUGUAUAUGAGAAUAGUACAUGGUGGUGAACAUCCUGCUAGGAAGUACACAGCGACUAUACCAGACGAGGUCCUCAUGAGGGACUUAUCGGAAAGACCAAGCCCAUUCUGGAUCUAGUCACCUACCAUCUCUCAUCCUACAUAUGAUUCAAGUCAUCAUAUAGUCAUCUGGUUACUCAUCGAGAUCGUGUAGACUAACACUAUCAUUGGCCCCGCCCAACGAGCUGGAGUCAGCGCUGUCACAGACGUUGCUCGUGGCGACUAAGACGUUACUGUUGUUUUCGGCGUGGCUUGUUGUUGCUGUUGGAGAAUUGCUUUACUGUUAUUAUUGAAGUCAUCACAACUAUUGUGUAAUUGUAGAACGAAAAGAUACCCUGCCAUGAGCUAGUAUCCAUAGAUUGUCAUCAUCA